CCGAGCCCAGCCUUGCCUCAGGAGCCGCCGUCACCCCGCUGCCGUCACCCCGCUGUCGCUGCAGGCGUGGAGCCAUGAGCCGCGUCCUGGGCUGUGCCGUCCCCCUGGGGCUGGUGCUGCUGGUCUGCGGAGCCCAGGGCUCCUUCCUGCCCAACGUCACCCGCCUGGGGGAGCUGCUGGGCAGGUACCAGCGGGCCGAGCCGCACUCCCGGGCGCGCAGGGCCAUCCCCAGGGCGGACAAGGAGGAGAUCCUCAUGCUCCACAACAAGCUGCGCGGCCAGGUGUACCCUCCGGCCGCCAACAUGGAGCACAUGACCUGGGACGAGGAGCUGGAGAGGUCCGCGGCAGCCUGGGCCCACGAGUGCGUCUGGGAGCACGGGCCCGCCAGCCUGCUGGUGUCCAUCGGACAGAACCUGGCCGUCCACUGGGGCAGGUAUCGCUCUCCCGGCUUCCACGUGCAGUCCUGGUACGACGAGGUUAAGGACUACACCUACCCCUACCCCCACGAGUGCAACCCCUGGUGUCCGGAGAGGUGCUCGGGGGCCAUGUGCACGCACUACACGCAGAUAGUUUGGGCCACCACCAACAAAGUUGGCUGUGCCGUGAACACCUGCCGGAGGAUGAACGUCUGGGGAGAUGUCUGGGAGAAUGCGGUCUACCUCGUUUGCAAUUACUCUCCAAAGGGGAACUGGAUCGGAGAGGCCCCCUACAGAAACGGCCGGCCCUGUUCCCAGUGCCCGCCCAGCUACGGAGGCGGCUGCAAGAACAACCUGUGUCACCGAGAAGAGACCUACCACCAAAAACCUGAGACGGACGAGAUGAACGAGGUGGAGGUAGCUCCUGCUCCCGAAGAAAAACACGUCUGGCCCCAGCCGAGGGUGCCCAGACCCACCAAGCCCAAGAAAACCUCGGCGGUCAACUACAUGACCCAAGUCGUCAGAUGCGACACCAAGAUGAAGGACAAGUGCAAAGGGUCCACCUGCAACAGGUAUCAGUGCCCGGCGGGCUGCCUGAGCAACAAGGCGAAGAUUUUCGGGACUCUGUUUUACGAGAGCUCCUCCAGCAUAUGCCGGGCCGCCAUUCACCAUGGGGUCCUCGAUGACCAAGGGGGCCUGGUGGACGUCACCAGGAACGGGAAGGUCCCAUUCUUCGUGAAAUCCGAGAGGAACGGCGUGGAGUCUUUGAGCAAAUACAAACCUUCCGGCUCAUUCACGGUAUCAAAAGUGAAAGUGCAGGACUUGGACUGCUACACCACUGUCGCCCAGCUCUGCCCAUUUGAAAAGCCGGCGGCCCACUGCCCAAGAGUCCGGUGUCCGGCGCGCUGUAAAGACGAGCCUUCCUACUGGGCGCCCGUGUUUGGAACCAACAUCUAUGCAGAUACUUCAAGCAUCUGUAAGACCGCCCUGCACGCCGGCGUCAUCGGGGACGAGAGCGGGGGCUACGUGGACGUGAUGCCUGUGGAUAAGAAGAAGACGUACGUGGGCUCGCUGCGGAACGGCGUGCAGUCCGAAAGCCUGGGGAGUCCUCGGGACGGAAAGGCCUUCCGGAUCUUCGCUGUCAGGCAGUGAAUCUGCCGCACCAGGGCAGAAGGGGUGUCUUCAACAGUGCUUUGGGGUUUUGCUUUUUAUUUUUAUUUUUUUAUUGGGGGGAGGGAUAUAUGGAAAGUCAGGAAACUUCCUUCGAAUGGCACUCAGCGUCCAUGUCUUUGUGGCCUUCGGGCGAGUGAGGGUGACGGCUCAUCCCCUCCCCGUGGAGAAACAGCAUCCUCGGGACCUUGGCCGGACACCUGGCGUCCAGUCCUGGCGAGGCGGGGGCCGUCCUCUGGGUGCCCUCUCUCCUUUAGGGAUCUGACCCCAUCUCUUGAAGGGGACAGUCACGGAGAUGAUCCUUGCCAUGUGUUCCUUUGUGGGUGGAGGGACAGGGUUCCAACCCCCUCCCCAGGCUGUGGGGGCGUGGGAGGAGGCAUGUUGAACAAGUGCAGGGUGAGUUUCAGGAAUGGAGUAUUUAAAAAUCUUAAAAAAAACACACAGUCCGUCCCUACCAAUGGAGAAAAAUGGGGUUCAUGUUUGCUGGUCAGACAAAUGGGCUAGACAGGAGACCCCGGCUCUGCCCUGGCGCGUGUCCUUGCUGGUGUCCUGCCGCAGGUCCCAUUUCAGUGGCCGCACGCGGGUCGGUCAUAUGUACAGCGGUGCUGGUUUAUUUAGAGUUCAGCAGAAACUCCAGAGAUUUAUCUUGUCCUUGUUGUCCCUUUGUCCACGUGGCCCAACUGUUCCCUGCGUGACCCUUGGUCCCAUCGAGGACUGAUGAAUCGGAUCCUCUCUUUACUCCCUACCCGUCUUGGCUCCCGCCCCACCCCAGAGUAGAUCAUGCGUCCUGGUUCACACCCGGGACUUUGCUUUGCAAGCGAUUCAGUUCGAAGCCCACUUUCUCUUAGCGCCUAGUCUCCUAAGUUUCCGCCGACGUGUCGGAGAACAGCCAGAGAAGGGCUGCCGUGUUGCUGCUUUUUAAAAACGACAAUUAAAUGUGCAGAUUCCCCAUGUGUCGGCUGACCUAUUUUUCAGCAGUGGGAGGAGCGGAUUCCUCGGCACAUUCCUCCCGGAGGUUAGCGGCUCCGUUUGUGGUUACGAAACCGUCCCGCGGCGUGGUAGCAGCGAGGGGCGGCAAUGCACUGGAAGGGUUUCUUUUCCUGUUUGUGUGGAACAGCUCGCCAGACGCUCGCCGGGCUCCGAGCGGCGCAGCGCGCUCUGGCUUCCAUCACGCCGUAAGAGUUCCCCCUAAGCCCAGACCGAAAGCCCGCAGUGAAAUGAAAUACCCUGUUGUAAAUAGCAUUUCUUUGCGGAGGGUGAGGGUUCCACCCUCCACCACCAGACUCGCCAACAGAUCACUUUUGUGAACACUGGUUUCCAACUUGAUUUCGUUCUCCAUCAAAAUAUUUCUUAGGCUAAAGAACUAGCAGAAAGCAAAAAACUAAGAGGCCGUAGGCUGGAAAAGGACCGUACCUGGUACCUAGGAGGCACCUUCUUUCUUUGAUUGCCUCCUUCAUUAAUGCGGAAUCUGGCGAUAAAUAGCUUUUUCUUAAAACCCCUUUAGGGAGUCUGUAAAAAGUAAUUAAACCCUUCGCCUGGCUGAGCUAAAAUUAGCAGGACUAUCUCUCUGCUUUGUGCACUGCUCGUAGUAACUCACUGAUCCGACCACUCGGCCCCCAGCGUCAGAAGGGCAGGAUGUAGUCAGCCCGUCAGUGGGUGUCUCGUUAGCACCAGACGUCCGGAAGCUCCCGGGCGCGACGCGCCGCGCCGCCGGACCUCCUCGGCUGUGUCUCGGUCAAGACUGCAAGGUGCACCGCCCUCGUGGGGAUUCAGGGUCCGGGAGCAGCCCAGGGCGCCCCAGUGGGCUUGCUUAGGAAGCACCCCACCCGCAGGAAAAGCAGUCCUUCCGAUGCGAGUCAAUCCCGUCAUUUGAAAAUAAAAUUCCCAGGUUCCCCGGUGCCUCCCUCACCAGGCCCUCGGAACAGGCUAGAAAGACCUCGCCCGGGGCAGGACCUGGCUGUCUUUUUCAUCCGGGGAACAUUUUGAAACUGGAACCAUUUUUCUUUAGAAAAUGAAAACAAGAGUACAGAUUACAAGGGUUACAGAAUAUCCCUUGGAUACAAAAUAUCCCUUGCCAUCAGGGACCGCCUCUCGUGUCCUGUGUGUGACGGCCCCUCGCACCGUGGGCGUCUAACCCCGGUUUGGAGAGAUGACCCAUCACCAAGCCGCCAGCCUCCCUGGGUCUCACGCCCCCACAACGCGAAGUUUUGGCUUCUUUCGGCGUUUUGCCCUGUCGUGUUCUGAAGCGUGUGCUGUAGGCUCACUCGGCCCGCAGUUUACGUGUGUGCUUUUUUCUAUGAAAAAUGAUGUAUUUUGCUACUUCCUGUGUACAGGCGUUUAUUGUGAAUGUUUUUUGUGCUUAGCUCGAGCAGGGGCCACACUGUUGCAAUCGUUUCAAUAAAACUGGUUUGAUUUCUAAAAUGUCUCUGUAACGUAUCUUUUAUGGACAAUUCUGAACGAUUUG